AUGUCAAGUAAGAAAGAAGAAAAAGCUGAGGCUGCUGCUGAAAGGAUCAAGGCUGCAGCCUUGACUGCUGCAAAAGGUCUUAGUCGAGCUCAGGCUGAAAGGGCGGCAGCUGCUGCUGCCCGCAAUGUUAAUGCUUAUGGGCAGAAGGAAGAAGGACCCAGCAGAUGGCAGGAGAAAAGGGAAGCCAAGAGACAGAUGUAUUUGAUGAGUACUGAAAAGGCAGUGAGAUUGGGUGAACGAAAAGACCUCAAGUCAAAUGUAUCUACCAUUGCUGGUGCAGCUUCACAAUGCCAGAAGUGUUAUCAGCCCGGGCAUUGGACAUAUGAAUGCAAGAACGAACGUGUUUACAUUUCGCGACCGUCUAGGACCCAGCAACUAAAAAAUCCUAAACUGAAGAUGAAGGUCUCAGAAUCCUACGAUUUGGAUAGUCCAGAUAAUAUUAACAAGGAAGAGAAGAGUGAAAAGCAGUCAAAGAAAAGCAAGAGGAAGCAUCGGGCAACUUCUGAUUCUGGCAGUGAUAGUGAGGCUUCAGUGUUUGAUACUGAUGAUAGUGGGGCAUCAUCAGUUACAGGAUCUGAUUAUUCUUCAGAGGAGUCUAGUUCAGAUUACAGUUCAUCUUCUGAUUCAGAAGAGGAAAGGAAGAGGCUCAGAAGGAAGAAAAAGAAGCAAAAGAUGGGAAGGCGGCGUAGAAGGUACAGCUCAUCAUCUGAAUCUUCUGAGACAGAGUCAGCUUCCGAAUCCGAUUCUGAUGAUAGGAGGAGCCGGAGGAAGAGCAGGAGACACAGCAGAAAGCGUUAA